CUACUGGCUUCCUAGAGAGGCAAUGAGGAAGGCGAGUCCUCCCAGCUCCCUGGGAUGGUCCUGUGAUGGCUUUUUGAAUUUCCUUUUGCUGCAGAAAACAAGAGAGGAGAGCAGGAUCCAGCCUGGAAAAGCCGAUCACCGGAAUUUAUUCUGGAAUUUUCCGCUCGGUUUUUGUUCCCUCUUCCGUGAACCUUCUCCAAUAUGAAAAGGGGGGAUCAGACCCCCACAGGACCAACAUCGGGAGAGGCGGCAGGAGCGGCGAAAGCCCCUCACGUCCUCCAAGCUGGGAACAUCCGAGAAUUCCUGAGACGGAUGCCAGGGGAUCAGAUCAAACAAGAGCCAAGCGAGAGCUCCCUUGAGCUCUGGGAAGUCCAGUGGCAGGAGUUCCUGAAGACGGUGGAGUCACCUCAUCCGGACUGGGGCAUUCCAGCCUUUCCAGAGAAGUCUUCACCAUGGGACGACGCCAAGGCCUUCCUGGCCUCCUUCGAGCAGGUGGCCCAAGCCUGCCGGUGGCCCCGGGAGGAGUGGGUGGCCCGACUCUUGCCGGCCCUCAGCGGGGAAGCCGAGCGGGCCUUCCGCAGGCUCCAGGCCCGAGACAGAGAGGAUUAUGGGAAAGUGAAGGCGGCCAUCUUGCGAGGGGACACCAUGAGCCGGGAGAAGAUCCGCCAGCAUUUCCGGCGCUUCUGCUACCAGGAGGCCGAGGGGCCGAGGGGGGCCUACGUCCGGCUGCAGGAACUCUGCUGCCAGUGGCUGAAAUUCGAAAGGCACUCCAAGGAGCAGAUCCUGGAGCUGCUGAUCCUGGAGCAGCUCUUGACCAUCCUUCCAGCCCACAUCCAGAGCUGGGUGAGGGAGUGUGGGCCAGAGACCUGCUCCCAGGCGGUGGCCCUGGCCGAGGACUUCCUGUUGAGGCAGGAAGUGGCCCAGAGCCAAGAAAGCCAGGUGACGUUUGAAGAGGUGGCUGGGAGUUCCUCCGAAGAAGGCCGGGGUCCGUCCCUGAACAAGCAGAGGCUUCUCUGCAUCGACACCAAGCAGGAAGAUGACGACGGAGAAGCUGGCCUGCUGGCAGCCAAAGGUUGGGUCACCAUCUGCAACGGGGAAGACUACGCGGCGGAAGACUCUGAGGCCGAGUGUCCGCACGGGACAUCGGUGUGGAAAACGGAGGAGAGCUUUUCCGAGUGUUGCGCGCAAAAAAAUGCCUCAGGGCGCCAGGGAAGAGCAGAGGGCCGUCAGGAAAAGCUGAUGGCAGAGGAAGCCGAUGGAUUGGGUUGCCUGACCCCCACGGAAACCCCGGCUGCAGUCCCGGUAGGAAUCGACACCAACCGGAAACGGACCGCCUACGGUUCUUACGGCCGGAACGCCAUCCUCCCGACGAGAACUCGGAUGGGGGUGAAGCCGGUAAAAUGCCAAGUCUGCGGGAAGUACUUCCUGUGCAGCGCAAAGCUCCUCGUCCAUCAAAGGACCCACGCCGGGGAGAAACCCUACAAGCGCCUGUAUUUCUGUGGCGCCCAGCACAUGGGCUCCCCCGGCCAACCCGGCCAACCCCCCGUCCUCCACAAGAUGGUUCCCUCCCGCAUCCGUGGCCAGCGGUGGGAAGGGAAGGAAGUUGUGGCCUUGCUGAGCAGCAUCAAAGCCAGUCCCGCCCUGGCCCUCCUGAUGAGUAGCAGCUCCCAGAGGGGGCACCAACACUGGGGGAGGAUCAGGGACCAGCUCCAGGCUCAGGGCUUCGUCAGGAACAUCGACCAGCUCCGAUCGAAGUGGAAACAGCUGAAGACGGACUUUUUUGCGGCCGGGCGGCCUGCUGCAGAAGGGAGGGAGAAGCCUGCGGUCAUCCCCCCGUAUUUCAACCGGAUGCGGGCCGUGUGGGACGCGGCGGGACGCCCCCCCUUCAAGGACCGUCACCUGCCGGGUAAGUGGAAGCUUUAUGUCAGGGGAGGGUGCCAGCAGCAGGCGUCAGUGACGUUAACUCUUCAUUCAAAGAAACAAUCGGCUCCAGAGGCCAGGCCUAGUGAGCACAGCAACACAGAUCCCAGUAGAUCUUGCCCCAAUAAGGCAGUUGUGAGAGCCGAAGGUCCCCAUCUUCCUACGGCUGUCUUCUCCCAAGCAAUCUCUUCUUACCGAGCCCGGAGGCGUGAGCUGGAGAGAUGUGAGGAAGAUGACGAGGACGACAUGGAGUUGACCAGUUGGUGGUCCUUGAAAUCGGGGGUCUCAAGAGACAGCGAUGCCCCGAAAGGGUUAAGCCGAAGGAGUUUCCCCCUCCUGCUUCCUAGAGAGGACAGGAGAGAGGGAUGGAAAGGGAUUAGCAAAUUGCCCUUUUUCCUGUAUGUAGUGGGGGGGGAAGGGGGAGUGGGCUGCAUUGCAUUGCUUGGCACCUGCAGGAAGACUGGAGAAAGAGGCAGAAGCAGCAGAAAGGCCCAGAAAGGAGGCCCUUGCUCACUGUGGUUUCUUCUGGGAUUUUCCACAGCGCACCUUUGCCCAGGGAUGAAGAUGGAGGAGGAAUAUCCUGCAGCCCGGGGAGAAAGAGAGGAACCGGAAGGAACAGGGAAAGCCACUCAUGCCCUCUUGAAUGCUGGUGGCCGCAAACCCAGGAUGGAUUUGGAGACGCAGAGUGAACUCCCCAGAGCAAGGCAUUCGGGGAACGCCGAGCGGUUCCUCGAAAAGGGGACCCCACAUCGCGUGAAGGAGGAAUCGGAAGAGGGCUUGGCCCAUUGCUGGGAAGCCCAGUGGCAGGAGUUUUUGAGGACAGUGGAGUCCCCUCACGCGGAAUGGGGAGCCCCCCAGUUGCCGGAGGAGCCCACCCCCUGGGACGACGCCAAGGGCUUUCUGGCUUCCUUCGAGCAAGUGGCCCAAGCCUGCCGGUGGCCCCAGGAAGAGUGGGCAGCCCGACUCCUGCCGGCCCUCAGGGGAGAAGCCGAGUGGGCCUUUGAGAGGCUGGAUGCCAGAGACAGAGAGGAUUAUGGGAAAGUGAAGGCAGCCAUCUUGAGAGGGGACGCCUUGAGGAGGGAGAAGCUGCGCCAACACUUCCGGCACUUCUGCUACCAGGAGGCCGAGGGGCCCAGCGACGCCUACAGCCACCUCCAGGAGCUCUGCCAGGGGUGGCUGAAAGUGGAGAGGCACUCGAAGGAGCAGAUCCUGGAGCUGCUGGUCCUGGAGCAGUUCCUGGCCAUCCUGCCAGCGGAGAUCCAGAGCUGGGUCAGGGAUCGCGGCCCGGAGACCUGCUCCCAGGCGGUGGCCCUGGCAGAAGGUUUCCUUUUGAGGCAGCAGGAGACUCGGGUCAAUCUGGAAAGCCAGGUGGUCUUUGAGGAGAAGGAGGUGGUGGCUGCAGGUUCCUCCAUGUCUGCCCAGAGGCCACCUGAGGCCGGGGAGAAGCAGCCGCAUGCAGCAGCCAAGCAGGAAGAGGACAAGGAGGACCUGCUGGAUGGUGGUGUAUGGGAGAGCGAAGAUGAAGGUGAACCUCGCAGGACCUCCUCAGAAGCAGGCCAGCAGGAAGCAUUGAAAGAGAACUUCUGGAAUCAAGAUGGAUCGAAGAUGCCAGACGGAAUCCAUGUGGAAAAGGGCAGAGAUAAAGCUAUUCCUUGCCAGAACGGAGACUUCCAUGAAAUCGUAGUUCAAGAAGAACAAGAAGCAGAGAAGAGGAGGAGCAGGUGCCUCAGUGCACAUUGGAGAAUCCACACAGGGGAGAAAACCAACAAAAGCUUAAAGUUUGGGAAGAGCUUCAGCCAGCACAGAAGCGUCACAGAAUAUCAGGCACUCCACUCAGGGAUGAAGCCGUAUAAAUGCUUGGAAUGUGGAAAGAGCUUCAGUCAGAGCACGCACCUCACAUCCCAUCAACGAAUCCACACAGGGGAGAGGCCAUAUAGUUGCUCGCACUGCAGCAAGAGCUUCAACCAGAGCACUAGCCUUAUUCAACACCAGAGAAUUCACACAGGCGAGAAACCGUACAAAUGUGCCGAGUGUGAAAAGAGCUUCCGCCAUAGUACGAGCCUUACAUCACAUCAGAGAAUCCAUACCGGGGAGAAACCGUACAAGUGUUCUGACUGUGGGAAGGGGUUUUGUAAUCAGUCCGGCCUUAUUAACCACAAGACAAUUCACACAGGGGAGAGGCCGUAUAAAUGCUUGGAGUGCGGGAAGAGUUUCAGUCAGAGUACGCACCUUACAUCACAUCAGAGAAUCCACACGGGAGAGAGACCGUAUAAAUGCUCGGACUGCAGCAAGACCUUUUGCGACCAAUCAGGCCUUGUUAAACAUCAAAGGAUUCACACGGGGCAGAAGCCAUAUAAAUGCUUAGCGUGUGGAAAGAGCUUCAGCCAGAGCACAAAUCUUAUUCGGCAUCAGAGAAUUCACACAGGAGGUGAAGUCUCCAUAUUAACUUCCCCAUACUCUUAGAGUAGCAGAUGAGGUCCUGUUCCAACCAUCUUUGGUUUUGGAGAGCUGAACAGCUGGGUCUCUUCCAUGGUUGCUCCUUUGCAGGACUCCCUCUUUAAUGCUCGUGACUUAUUUGUGGUUUUAUAAUUACUCAGUUAGUUGAAUGGUUUUUAACUGCAUGUUUCCAUUAAUUAGUUUGUAAUGACCUGGAUAGUUGUGUAGAGGGCCAUCUUGGUAGCAGCGCCCUCCCUGUGAAACGCCCUCCCUUCAGAGAUAAAAAAGGAGAUAAAAAAAUUACACGACUUUUAGAAGACAUCUGAAGGCAACCCUGUAUC